AUAUUCAAGCUAUAAACAAAUCCGUCAAGAGAUAAAUAAAAAAAAAUAUAUAUAAAUAAAAAAAAAUUAAAAAAAAAAGAUAAAUCCGUCACACGACCACGUGCGGAGGAAAGUUUAUUUACCACGUCCUUGGUACCCUUAAGUCUUAUAGACCAACAAUCAAAAGAAGUGAUUUGGAAAAACCCUCAGCCUUUAUCAAAACGCUAUUGUCGGCCAAUCAGACUGCAGUGGCUUCAUGAAACCGACGAAAUUUCUAGACAGGAACAAAAUUUUAUAACUGACCAGAUUAGAAAUUUGACUCCAGUUCAUUCAGUGGUCGGCAAAAUUGAUUCUAAUUUGUGUUUAACAAUGGUGGAUGGCAAGGUCUGUAGUGCUCUGUGUAAAACGUCAAGUAUGACAUGUCCCAUAUGUAAUGCAACAAUUUCAAAAAUGAACGAUAUUGCGUCUGCUCGUUCGAGACACAUUGACAACGAAUCUCUUCAGUUUGGUUUGUCUGUAUUGCAGGCAUACAUUAGAUGUUUCAAAUGUUUGCUGCAUAUAGCAUAUAGGCUAGAACUGAAGGUGUGGAAAGUAACAAAGGAAAAUAAAGAACCGUUUGAAAGAAAGAAACGAACAGUUCAAGCCGAAUUUAAAAAUAAAAUGGGUCUCUCCGUAGACAUUCCUAAAUCAGGAUUUGGAACCACAAAUGAUGGUUACAUGGCCAGACGAUUUUUUGCGAAUCCGACAUUGUUUUCGGAAAUAACAGGUUAAUUUUAAUUUCCUUUCAGU